AUGCUAUUCCUAAACCUGAUUGUUUGUAGAAAUAGAAGGAAUGGCUUCAACUGCAAAAAGCAACUUCUGAAAAAGCUUUUCAUCUUUUUUUCAGAUGCAGAUUCUUGCACAAUUUGCCCAAAAGAUCAUUAUCCAAACAAGGAAAAGAAUCAGUGCAUUCCAAAGCUGAUAACCUUCUUGUCUUAUAAGGACCCUCUGGGGAUGAGUUUAGCCAUCUUUGCACUUUUAUUUUCCUUGAUCACUGCUCUAGUGCUAGGAGCCUUUAUAAUGCACCGCGACACUCCUAUUGUCAAAGCCAACAACCGGAGCCUCACCUACACCCUCCUUAUCUCCCUCCUGCUCUGCUUCCCUUGUGCUUUGCUGUUUAUUGGCCAUCCUGUGAAGGUGUUGUGCCUCCUCCGUCAAGUUGCAUUUGGCAUGGUCUUCUCAGCAGCUGUCUCUUCUGUGCUAGCAAAAACCAUUAUGGUGGUUCUGGCUUUCAUGGCCACCAAGCCAGGAAGUAGCAUGAGGAAAUGGGUAGGGAAAAAGGUGGCCAAUUCCAUUGUUCUUCUCUGCUCUCUUGUUCAAGGAAUUAUUUGUACCGUAUGGCUGGCAAUUAACCCUCCAUUUCCAGAUAUUGACAUGAACUCAGUGACUGAAGAAAUUGUACUUGAAUGUAAUGAGGGGUCUGUGACUAUGUUCUAUUGUGUCCUGGGUUACAUGGGCUUCCUGGCUAUUGUGAGCUUCACUGUAGCUUUCCAGGCUAGAAAAUUACCUGACAGUUUCAACGAAGCCAAGCUAAUCACUUUUAGCAUGCUUGUGUUUUGCAGUGUUUGGUUAUCCUUUUUUCCUACCUAUCUGAGCACCAAAGGGAAAUACAUGGUAGCUGUGGAGAUCUUCUCCAUCUUAGCCUCCAGUGCUGGACUGCUGGGUUGCAUCUUCUUCCCUAAAUGUUACAUUAUUGUGCUGAGACCAGAACUGAACAAAAGAGAUCACUUAGUAAAGAGAAAUGUUCACUGA